AGCGUGGAUUCAUCUGUAGCAACUGAACUGCCUGAAAAGAUGGGGGUGGCCUUCCUCGGUUUGACAUUGUUCACCUUGUGUCACCUUUGGCCACAUGUACAAAGUUCAAGUAUGGUUCGGUUAAACACCGGUCUUUGGGUAGCCAGGGGCCAGUCUGUGUUUGUAACAGAUGAAGAACUUCAGUUGCACACGGAUGGGAUAUCUGAAGCCUGUAAGGUGGAAGUGGUGGUCACUGAGCCCAUCACGCAAAGAGUGGGAAAGCUCACUCCUCAGGUAUUUGACUGCCAGUUCUUACCUGAUGAGGUCAAGUACGUCCACAAUGGCAGCCCACUUCUAGAUGAGGAUACCGUCAUGUUGAGGGUAUAUAGGUUUACAGACACUGAGACAUUCGUUGAGUCUGUCCUUCUAAGGGUAAAUGUGGUGGAACCUCAGAGAAGCCUAACAGAGCUUGGAAGCAUUCCUCUGGUGGUUCCAGAAUUCUAUGGUCUCUCCAAUGUCAUCAAUAGCAGUGUCCUUACCUUCAAAACCCAGCCUGGCACGAGCUGCACUGUCCGACUCCUAAGCUCUGAGAUCAAUGUCUCCAUGCUUGGUCAUCUGGUCAUUGAAGACCAUCUUGAAACAAUGCAGGCCCCUGAGCCUGGACCAAGAAAAGGACGCCAUACUGGAAUCACCUGUCCAGGAAACAAAGCCUGUGACUACAACACAAGGGAAGUAGAGUUCUUGAAGACUGACUGCACUGAGUUCCUUACUUCAGGUCUGAAGUACCAGCACCUCAGUCCUCCGUCACCUGAGAUUGAUUAUAUUCCAAUCAGGGUGGAGUUUAGGGACCAGACCUCUCGAGCUUUGUUGGAGACUGAGAGAAUCUGGUUACCAGUACUGAUCCAAGGGGCCAUGCAGAAUCAAGCUCCCCAUGCUGCCUUCAUGUCCACGUUCAUCUUGGAGGUAGAUCAAUUCAUCUUGACCCCCAUGACGACUGCGGCACUUGAUGCAAAAGAUGAUGAGACCCCUCAGGCCCAGUUGAUUUUCAAUAUAACCAAACCUCCAGCAGAGGGAUACAUAACUCACCUGGAUGAUCACACCAAAAUUGCUUCCUCCUUCUCAUGGGAAGAUCUAAAUGAGAUAAAAAUUGCAUAUCAGCCUCCAAACAGCAGCCACACAGCUAGAAGAAACUAUGAGGUUGAGUUUCAGGCCAUUGAUGGCUCAUUUGCAGAGAGUCCUCCUAUCUUACUGCACAUCUCUAUCCGCACCGCAGAGACCAAUGCCCCUCGAGUGUCUUGGAAUAUGGGGUUGGAUCUACUGGAAGGCCAAUCCAGACCAAUCACUUGGGAGCACUUACAGAUUGUUGAUAAUGACAACAUACAUGCUGUCACCUUAAUAGCUGUGGAUGGCCCCUAUAAUGGACACUUAAGUGUUAGAGGUGGCAAAGGUUUCAUGUUCAAGGUGAAGGAUCUCAGAGAGGGAGUUGUGAUCUAUCACCACUCUGACAGCGACACCACCAGGGACAACAUCGUCUUCCGAAUCACAGAUGGUCGCCACAGCAUCAGACACAAAUUCCCCAUCUACAUUCUUCCAAAAGAUGACACCCCUCCUUUUUUAAUCAAUAACGUUGCCUUUGAGGUCCAAGAGGGUGGCUCUGUUAGGGUGGAGGAGUAUAUGCUAAUGGCCUCAGACUUGGAUUCCAGUGAUGACUACAUUCAGUAUCAACUGCUUACUUUUCCCAGAGCUGGAGAGCUGGUCAAAAAAACAUCUCCACAUGAACCAGGUGUGCCAGUGAAGAGUUUCCUGCAGAGGGACCUGUUUCAGGGCCUAAUCUACUACAGACACUCAGGGGAAGAAGUGUUUGAAGACUCGUUUGAUUUCAUACUGUCAGAUCUCCAUCAGCCUCCAAAUCUCUCAGACAGACAUACUGUGGUGAUCAAUGUGUUCCCAGUGAAGGACCAGUUGCCAGUAGAAGUUACCGGUACAGUUCGCUCCAUCACUGUGAAAGAGACAGAGGUUGUUUACAUUACUCAGAAAAAUCUGCAUUUCAGAGACACAGAGCAUCCGGACACUGACCUUAUGUAUGUCAUCACCCAUCCCUGUUUCAGCCCAGGAAAUAGCAGGCUAUCAGAUGCAGGCAGGAUGUUUUACACAGACAGCGUCAGCGCUAUGAAAAAAGAUGCAACUGUACCAGUGCUCAAGUCUUUCACCCAGCAUGCAGUAAACCACCACAAAAUGGGUUACAUGCCUCCAAUAGAAGAUAUUGGCCCUGACCCACUCUUUGUGCAGUUUGUCUUUUCUGUGAGUGAUCACCAGGGCGGCACUCUCACCGGGCUCACCUUCAACAUCACCGUUAUUCCUGUUGAUAACCAGGCCCCAGAAAUGUUCACUAACAUGCUAAGGGUGGAGGAAGGUGGUGGUAGUUUCUUGAUGGAGGAGCACCUGUUGGUGCAGGAUAUGGACAGCUUAAAAGAGCAGCUCAGGGUACACUUGAAGACUCAGCCCAAACAUGGAAGACUGGAGCUGCAGGGCACUGAACUGCGAGAGGGAGACAGCUUCAGUCUGCAGGACCUCAAAGCCCUGAGGAUCAGAUACAUUCAUGAUGAUUCUGAGACCCUUAAGGAUAGCAUUGGUCUUACUAUCACAGAUGGAAUCAACUCUGCCCAUGGAACACUUUUAGUUCAGAUCCUACCCAUGAACGAUGAGCCUCCACAGUUAGGCUCAGUUCUGAAGUCCGAACUCUCCUGUAAAGAGGGAGGUCAAGUCCAGAUUACAGUGGAGUAUCUGUCUGCUACAGAUGCUGACAGCGAGGAUACUAGGCUUACAUACAUGCUUGCCAGAACGCCUGCACGUGGGGUACUACGGCGAAAUGGGGUCACAGUGGACAAGUUCUCCCAGCUGGAUGUGCUCAAUGGACUCAUCUUCUACCUCCACACAGGUGGUGAGAUUGGACCGGAUUCUGUCUCAGACACAGUCACUCUAAUAGUAUCAGAUGGAGAGGCCGGAACAAUGGAUGGCUGCUGCCAAGAGGAUGCUCUACCUCCACGUCCCCUUCAUGGCACACUUCCAGUCUAUGACCUCAACAUCACUCUGGUGCCUGUCAACAACCAGGCCCCCACCAUAACACUAGGUGGCAUGUUUGUGGUAAAUGAGGGAUCCAGUGCAUGUCUGUGUGGUGGGGUGUUGGAGGCCACUGAUCUAGACACAUAUCAAGACCAGCUCAUCUUUCACUUGGUGACACCACCUCAGUAUGGGUUCCUAGAGAAUACCCUUCCUUCCCCUGGCUUUGAGAAGAGCAAUGCUGGACUAAGAGUGGUUUCUUUCAGCCAGCUCCACCUCAGCUCGGGGUUCAUCAACUAUGUCCAGUCAGUGCACCAGGGUGUGGAGCCUACAGCGGAUUACUUUACCAUCAGUGUCAGUGAUGGGAUUCAGCGAUCAGCACCAUUGCCCUUCUAUAUCAUCAUCAACCCUACCAAUGAUGAGAUUCCGUCACUGCUGCUUGGCAACUUCACAGUCAUGGAAGGAGAGAUGAAGGAUCUCAGUCCAGAUAUUCUAAAUGCAAUGGACAUCGAUAUUCCAUCAGAUACUCUUACCAUUAACAUCCUGGUUCCCCCAGCCCAUGGAACCUUACUCAAUGGAAUAUACGGUCUUGAGAUGAGUCGUUAUAAAAACAUGAGCCCAGAGGUCCUCCAAAGAACCUUAGCAAUCCAGUCUUUUACGGUCCAGGAGCUACAUCAAGGAAUGAAGAUCAUGUAUUUGCAUGAUGACACGGAAACCCUCAAGGACGCUUUCACCAUACAGCUGACAGAUGGUGGGCACACAGUCCAGGAGACUGCGUGUGUCCGCAUCAUACCAGUCAAUGAUGAAAAGCCAUGGCUACUAAAAAAUGCUGGUGUUGAGGUUGAGGCCCUGGAGAGGAGAGUCAUCUCCAGUGUAGUGCUUGAGGCAGGGGAUCACGACACCCCCAGCAACCAACUUCUCUACAUUCUCAACACAGGUCCCAGAUUUGGCCUUAUUCAACUCAGGACAGAAACUGGAUGGAUUGACCUGAGUCCAGGUCAGAAUUUCACCCAGGAGGACGUGGAGAUGAACCAUCUGUGGUACACUCACACAAAAAUUAGUGGUUUCAAAGGUCACGACAGAUUUAACUUUGUUCUCAGCGAUGGAGACAACAAAACACCUCCACAGAGUUUUUUCAUCUCGGUUCGCACCGUUCAAAAGGGGGACAUUGCUCUCAUCACUAAACAUGUGACCUUGAUGGAAGGAGAGAGAGUCAUUCUUACUACUGACAUUCUGAUGGCAACAGACAGUGGAAGCAAGUCAGAUGAACUCAUAUACACGGUGUCCAACCCACCUGAACAUGGACACCUGCACAUGGUUCAAAGUCCAGGGGUUCCUGUGUGGUCCUUCUCCCAGAUGGAUGUAGCUGCCAAUCGGGUAUGCUACACUCAUGACAACAGCCAUUUUGCUGACCGUGAUUCCUUCAGCUUUGUUGUCAGCAAUGGUGUGACAUCCAAAAGUGGGAUGAUUCUAUUCACUGUGGAACAUAGUGACCGUAUCCCACCCACCCUGAGCAUCAACAAAGGCCUUCAGCUCACAGAGGGUACAGUAAAGAUCAUAUCCAUUAAUGACGUGAAACUGACUGAUCCAGACACAGCUCUGGAGAAUCUCACCUAUAAUGUUAUUCAAAGCCCACAAUAUGGCAAGUUGCUCUUGAAAGGAUUGCCACUUUCUAAGCCCCGUUUCACACAAUUGGACAUCAACAACAUGGAUCUAACUUACCACCAUCUGAAUGGGCGAGCUAAGAUCGACAGGUUCACCUUCCAACCCACUGAUGGAACAAACACAGGUUAUUUGGAGUAUGGCCAGCUGAAGACUGAGCCUGCAGUGUUCACUAUACAGAUAGAGAUAUUGGACAAAACACCUCCCAAUCUUGUAAAUAAACAGAUUCCAAGUACUGUGGAGAACCUUUCGGAUGACAAACAGGUUAUCUACAUCACCUCCAAAGAGCUGCAAGCCUCAGAUCCAGACAGCCCAGUAGACACACUCGAGUUCACAAUCACAAGGCCUCCGCAUUUUGGUUACCUUGAGAAUGCCCUCACAGGUGCCUAUAUCAAAGGGCGCUUUACACAGAAAGAUCUGGGCCAGAAAGCAGUGCGCUAUGUCAUACCUGCAGAUAUUGAAGUGACAGCAGACAGCUUUGAGUUUCAAGUCAUAGAUCCUGCAGGAAACACCAUGCUUCCAGAGGUGAUGGAAUUCAGGUGGUCUCGAGUGGAGAUGUCUGCUUCCUGUUACCGUGUUUGUGAGAAUGCAGGAACUCUAGCCGUGCAGGUGAUCCGCAGUGGGAAUAGCAAAGAUCCAGCAUACAUCGGCAUACAGGUAGAAGAGGGAACAGCCAAAGUUGGGAGAGACUUCACUCACAGUUCUGCCAGUCUAAUACAGUUUGAUGCAGGCGUACAUAACAAAAUGUGGAACAUUUACCUCAAAGACGAUGGGCUAGAAGAGAACCAUGAGAAAUUUGUGGUGGUUUUGCAGUCUCCAAAGAAUGCUAUUUUGGGACAGCGGAACAAGUCUGUAGUUGAGAUUGUGGAUCCUAGAAAUGGCAGGUGUAAUCCAAAUGACCUUAUUGUUGAAGAAGAUGAGAAGCAACAUCCUUUCCAAAGCCCCCCAAAUAUCCACGAACCGGAUCCACCACAAGUUGACGAAUACACUCCAGACCCAAGGACCGCAAUCCUUUGGGAGAACUAUCCGCCAAGAGGGGAUGUACCAUAUCGCACUCACUUCAGUCAUUACAGCGAAGGUAAACCUCAGGAUCAGGUCUUUAGCAGUCAAGGCCAGAGGCAGAUGCGGAUGCUUGGUCGAAACAGACACAAUACACAUCUGUCAGAGAUGGACAACAGAAAUCAAGAAAGAGUUUGGAGAUUCCAUGGAUUUAUCCCAAUGAGACCACAGGAAAAGAUGUCAGAACCUCGAGUCCACUCUGAACUGGAGAUCACUCCAAUCUGGAAUUGGUCUGGAUUUUCUUCUGACACCGGAGCAGUAGAGACUUUCCAGAGAGAUUCAGCCUUUUCUGUAAUUGAUUCAGGAGUGCGACAACACAAGUCUCAGAAGCCUGUAAUUAUUGGUUGUCCUAAUGGCUGGUCUCACUACCGGAGGAACUGUUAUAUUUUGGGUCCUGGUGUUGCAAGCUGGAGCAGCGCUCAACAUGCUUGCUUGCUGCUCGAAGGCAACUUGGCAAGUGUCCACUCGAAGACUGAUAUGAAGUGGAUGUGGAAGUUUGCUGGAAAGCAAGCAUUCUGGAUUGGUCUCACUGGUGGUCCAGAACAAUGGUCUUGGACUGAUGGCAGGCCUCUGACUUUCUCCAGACUCAAAAAGGAAAGGGUGACCGAUCAUCAGGACCAUGCUAGUUCUUCCUGUGUUUUGGCUCAGAACCAGAAGUUAUGGAUUCCAAAAAGCUGCUUUGAUGGAUCAGAGCACAGAUACAUUUGUUCAGCACCUGCACAAAUCAGUUAAAGAAGAUAUAAAAUCUUUUAGGAUAUUUAAUAAUGUUUUUCUUUCUUCUGAAUGAUUUAAAAAAAAAAUUAGCAGUCAAUGUGCUGAAUAAUUACGUUUUAAUUCACAAUGGCAUGCUUUCUUGAUGUUAUUAAAAUAUAAAUAUCCAAUAAUGUUGAUAACAAUAAAAAAAAAAGA